UAUUAUUAUUUUUUUAAAAUGCUGUUAACAAAAGGUAAGUAUGAGUGGACACCCCAAAUUCCGUGUUAUUUGAUUUAUUUUAUGAGAAAAUCUAGACAAUAUAUUUUUUACAUAUCCUUUUUAUUUCUUCUACUGUGUGUGUGUGUGUGUGUGUGUGUGUGUGUGUGUGUGUGUGUGUGUGUGUGUGUGUGUGUGUGUGUGUGUGUGUGUGUGUGUGAUAGAUUGUACCUAGCAUCAGCCUAUUUUAUGGAGCAAUGGUAACAAAGCAAAAAUAAACCUUCAAGGCCAACAUUUUACGCUUAUUGUGACAUGAUUUCGAAAAUGUGCUCAUUACACUGUACGGUAUUUUUUUGUGUGUAAAUAUGAUAUUAUCUGCUUUCCAUGGUUUUAAAAGGGAUUGUGAUAUUUCUAUUUAAAAUUCAUUUCAUUAGUUGCACAAUGGUGGCAUUCUGUUUCGAGGGAGUUUGCUGAGAUUUGUGCAUGUGUCGGUGUGUCUGCGUGCACGCGCUUUGAUGUGUCUAUAUGUGCAUGUUGAAGGACUCACUUAAGCGCAGCCCAUUGCCAGAUUUAAUGUCGGGCAUUAGAACAAGGACACGUCUUUGGCUUAUGUAUAUUCAAGCGCCAGGACCAGGGCGCAAGGGACCGUAAUCUCUCUUUUGUACCGGUUUACGUGAACCUAAAGGUUUUUUUUCUGAGCACCUUCAGCUCGGCGGUUUGUUUCUAGUUCCUUCUGGCAGGGCUCCUGAAAGUGCGAUUUUGCUGCUGUUUUUCCGACUGAACUUUUCUCUGGAGCCGCUGAAUGAGAGCAGCUCGCACCGUGCUGUGCGCUGAUCGGCACAAGCGAAGGUGCACCCCUGGAGCCUAUUGGAGGAGAGGCGUCACAUGAUAACAUCGGGCAAAUGUUCUUCUUGGACGGUGUCAGGACCCUGUCAGCUAUUAAAAUAAGCACUGGGAAACGGCAAAAUGCAGAACGCGACCUACUGCGACGGUUUGGCCAUUUACAGUGGCUACUCCAAUCAACGAGCAAACGGAUUGGGUUACGAUGCCAAUCAGCAGAACUAUUUCUCGGCCCUUCAUGUGGAAAGUGACGAGCAACGACCGGCCUGUUCCUUGCAGACCUCCAGUGGCUCCGCUACGCUUCACAAACUUGAAGACUGCUCCAAGAGGAAAGGAACCCAAGAUACGCUGGGAGUCAGUGAUCGACUGUCUCCUAAUAACCUAGCCCGAAACUCAAACAAUGGGCAAAAUAUAAAGAACGCAGGACACAGUUCCCUAACAUCAGCCACCCGCAAGCAAAUCUUCCCUUGGAUGAAAGAGUCGCGUCAGAACACCAAGCAAAAAUCGAGUAGGCCUAUUACAAGUUCAGACAGCUGUUCAGGAGACAAAAGCCCAACCAGCUCUCACUCCUCUAAGCGUGCACGCACUGCCUACACCAGCGCACAGCUCGUCGAACUCGAGAAAGAAUUUCAUUUCAAUCGCUACCUUUGCCGCCCACGGCGGGUGGAGAUGGCAAAUCUGCUCAAUCUAUCUGAACGCCAAAUAAAGAUCUGGUUUCAGAAUCGCCGAAUGAAGUACAAGAAGGAUCAGAAGGGACAGUCUCCGAAUAGUCCAGUUCUGCCGAGUUCAGACUCUGUGGCAGGGGGAGGAUAUGUAAGUUCAAUACAUUCCAUGGUAAGCAGCGUGCCAUUCAACACGUUGUCUCCAACAGCAUAUAACAAUGCUCAGAGGAACACCUACAGCCUGUCUCCAUCAUAUCCACAAGCCUUAAGCAGUAUGUUUAACAACUGCCAAUCUUCUCAAAAGGCAUACCUGGGGACUGGCUCAGCCACGACUGAGUGCGACACGCACCAUUUCCAAGGUAACAAUCAUUUCGGUGUGCAAACGCAGGGCAGUAGCGUAUAUGUAGGUGCUAAUGGAACCUAUGUGGAUAGCACUGGCUGCAUUGGGAACUCGAUUUAUGACCUUUCGCAGCUCCCUCAAGCUACUCAUAGCAAUAUAGACUACAACAGUGCCAUCAACAUGGGGAACAGCCAUCAUGAAGGAGCACUGGAGCCAGCUCAGUGCACAUACUCAGACUUUACACCACACUACUCUCGGGGAAAAAAUCAAGAAGCACCUAAACUGACACAUCUAUAACAUUAUUGUUUGUCUUUACAUUAUUUAUUCACUUGCACACAUGCUGCUGAAUUGACACACCCAAGCUUACCUUCUUUUUAUUUCUCAUGAUUUUCUUGAGUGAGGUAGUUUCCUUUUCUUGUUUUAAAAAUGGUUCUGUUUUAUUAAAUACAAGUGUUAUAUUUUCACAUCAUUGACAGACACAGUGCUUGCAUAAGAAAUUGUCUUUAUUUCAUCUGCAUUAGACAUCCUUCGGCAUAUGAACUCAUCAUUAAACAGGGUAUAGCCAAGACAUUGUGUUCAUGUUCCAAAUGUGAAGGAAAGUUCUGAUAGACUGCUGCUCCACAGCUGAAGGUUUCUUCUUUAUUUCUUUUAUUCACACUUGAGGAGAAAUAACCUACAACCUUAACCU